AUUCAUCUAUUUGUUUAGUAACGCGGCAACCCAUCUACGCUGUGUGUCGUUCGCUCACUCAAUCGUUGUCUUGUGAUUUUCUUCUUGUUUGUAAUUAUAUUAAUUUUUCAUUAAAAUUAACGGAAAAUGUAGAGUAACUGUUAACAUUUGAAUGAGAGACUGCAGUAAUAUGUAAUAAACGCUUUAUUGUACUUUCAAGUUCUUUACUUUUAGUUGAUCUGUUUAUCAUGUGUGGCAAGUGUAUCAAUACAAGAAUGAAACAUACUUUUGAAUUUUAGUAAAAUACUGUAGCGGUAAUUCACAAUGGAACACUCUGAUUUGGUGGCUGAGAUGGCUCAGGUGGAACACCUGACCACUCAGGAGCGAUUGCAUCUUGCUCGAAGACGCCGAAUGCAGCAGCUAAAACUAUGGCAGCAGCGCGAGAAGGAGUGGGCGCGCUCGCGGGCCAAGCGCGAGAAGAGCACCAAGCGUAACAUCUACUUCAAUGAUAGCGUUAUGCUGUUGGAGGCGGCUGCCAGAAACGACAUCGAGGAAGUGCGUCGACUCUUAGCGCGCGGUGUUACACCAGACGCCACCAACGAAGACGGCUUGACCGCCCUACACCAGUGCUGCAUCGACAACAACGAAGCGAUGAUGCGGCUAUUGCUCGACCACGGCGCGAACGUAAACGCAGAAGACAGCGAGAAAUGGACACCACUCCACGCUGCUGCCACCUGUGGCAACCUCAACCUUGUCCGCAUAUUAAUACAGCGCGGUGCCAAUCUGCUAGCUGUCAACGGAGACGGAAACAUGCCAUACGAUAUUUGCGAAGAAGAACGGACUUUAGACGCUAUAGAAAGCGAAAUGGCGGCUAGAGGCGUGACGCAGCGAUUGAUAGACGAAACGCGGGCGGCUACAGAAAUGAAAAUGCUGAUGGACGUCGCAGAAUUAGUGAAGGAAGGCAUGGAUCUCGACGAGCCCAGGGAUAAUCAGGGCGCUACCUUGCUACACAUAGCUUCAGCGAACGGCUACAUAAAGGUGGUGGAGUUUCUAUUGGAGCACCGUGCUUCUACAGAUGUAGUAGACCACGAUAUGUGGCAGCCUGUCCACGCGGCUGCCUGUUGGGGACACUUAGAGGUGUUAGAGAUACUUGUGCAAUAUGGUGCUGAUCUCAACGUGAGGAACAAGCAUGACGAGACGCCAGCAGACAUCUGUGAGGAGGGUGAAAUGCGUGCACGCAUCCUACGAUUAGCGGUAGAACAAGAAGAACGCAGAAGGAGAGCUUUACAUGCGCAUGCGCACACAGAACGAGCAGCUACUGCAAGAAGAUCGUCCUCCACAGCUAGUACUAGCAGAGUACGAUCUGUGCGAAGAACAUCACUAAGAGAGAAGCAAUUGGCAGCUAAAGCGGACGCGCGAGGCGAGGCCCGAUUACGGGAGACCUUCGACUCGGCGGUCGACGAUGAAUUGCAGGGCCUAUCAAAUGGCAUGGAGAAUGAUCAGAAUAGCGCAAACCAAUUGCAGCCGAGCGAGCUGACGCACAAACGACUUUCCACCAGCUCCACUACCUCCAACCAGAGUUACGACUCCACAGUCGAAUACUCCGUACCCAAACACACGUACAACCAACGCGGAUCGACGCAGCGCAACAGUGACGUCAGUGAUACCAACGAAAGCAUCACUUACAGCCAACCCAAAAUAACAAACCCUCUCUUCGGAGUAAACGCUGCAUCACAUUAUGCCCCUGGUUCGAUACAAGCGCACGAACAAGUCUCACAGAAACACUACGAAAAAAGCCUACCGAAUGGUGUAAGAAAAGCGCCAGAGGGCCAAGACAAUGACGCGUUCAAAUCCGAGGACUCGUUAGACGGUAGGAAAGAGUUGGUUGUCAACCCCAACCAAAUAGCGAUCGCUGAAGCCGGCACCGCGACAUACACCACGGACAAUAAUGGUAAAAUCAAUGUUCAUGUCACCGUCAUGAUUAACGCAGGGACUUUAGCGGAUUUGAAGAAACAACGCGCGCAGAUCAGAACCAACGGCAGUCCCGUAGAGAACAGUCUGAACUCUACUAACAACCACAGUACGAAUUCUAUACCGGAGAUGACGAAACAGGAGCAACCAGUACAUUUGAACCCUCUCAGCUUAUCACCAAGCUCUGGCACCGUGCCAAGAUUCACUGGCAACACCAGCGAAGUAGUUGGCGACACCAGAUCACAUAGGUGCUGUAUUAUCAUGUAGAUCAGUGGUUAUUAACCCGAAAUGGUCCGUGAAUCCAUUUGAAAAAAUGUUAUAAGAAUGCAUUAGAAUAUUGCCUCCAAACAAUCAGGGGCCUUUUACCCUAGGGCCAAGGCGGCCGGCUCAGGGCGGCAGAAACCAAAUACGAGAUUUAUUAUUGACCUAUAUUUUGGUUUCAUUUUAUGCUCUAUUCAACUUCCUAUGUGACAAAAGAUAAACAAAUAAACCAAUGUGUCCAAAACUUUUUUUAUCAAGCGUAAAGAUUGCCGGUGUAACCAGACUGAUUACAAAAUUUCACAUUUUAAUGUGAGUUAUUUUGCUUUAUCAGUACUCUUUAAUUUAGUAGUAUCAUAAUGGAUUUAAAAUAUGAGAAUAGCUACAGUUUUAGGUCUUUUUUAAAAUGUGACAUUUUUUCAAUUAUUAUAUUAUAAUGAUAAUAUUAUAUGAUUAUAAAAUGUUACCUAUAGAAAAAUCUUUUUAUGGUUUUUUUUAGCUAUAGUCUCAGAGGAAGUUGAAUAUGGUAUAGAGGGGUAGGCGUCCACAUCGUAAAAGGUCCCUCAUUCCCAAAAGGUUAAUAACCAUUGAAGUAGAUGGAUAUAAGAACACUGGUCCAGUCGGUAAAAAAGAGAGAUUGAAGAAGCGUACAAGUCUGAUUGUCAUUCCAAAAAAGAUUAUAUUUAUCAAUUUAUUAGAUUCGUACAACCUUGUAUUUAGAGUUUUUAUUAUGUAUGUAUAUUGUGGAGAUUUGAUGGUGAUGUUGAAAGUAUUUAAUUAUACAGACAGCAACAGAUCAAUAUUUCAAAUAUGUCUUUCUUCAGUUGAUUUUGAGUUUUCUAAUACUUCACCGAACCGAAUCGCUUCACUAAAGUCAUCUUUUGGCAACUUAUUGAUCUGUUACUGGCUGUACUUAUACGUUUAAGCGUUCCGUUUUCCGAUUAGCCUUUACGUAAGUGAGUAGGUAUAUUGUUGAGGUUACGUUGAUUAUUGCCGAUGAAUAAUUGCCAUUUUUGCUCACGAAGCAAGGGCUUGCCAAUGUGCUAAGAAACCGUGUGAUAAAUGUUGAACAGCUCAACAGAUUUUGUUUUUAUAUAUAUUAUAUAUAUUUAGAGAGAGAUACUUAAGGAAUUUUAAAUAAAUGGUUGCUAUUAUUUUAUGUAGUGUUAGAAGUGUAUCCUAUAUUUGUCUUUUGAGAGAGUUGUCAUUAAGUAUUUUUACAAUUUUAGGAUCGUCGCGCCUUAAAUGUUAUAGUACUAUGAACAUUCCAUACAUGUUUACAAUUCAAAGUAAUGGUGAUUCCAGUAUCAGUAUGUAUUUAAAAUCUAUCAGUAUUUCAAUGGUAUUUGAAAGGCAUAAUAACUUAAAUAGAAAAUCUAUAAUGAGAAUAAAAGGGAUUGUACGAAAGUGCCUCACAGAAUGUAUUAUAAAUAUCUGUUAUGUAAAAUAGCAUAAUUUAAGUUCAUAAAUUAUUGAGAGAAUGUAACGAUAUGUUUAAAUAAUAAAUAAAAGUAGUGGAAGUAAUAUACAUUUAUAUAUGUCAUGCAUUUUGUUCGAAAACUAUUAAUUAUUUCGAUAUCGAGUGAUAUUAUAUCUAAACUGCGAUAACUGCCUUAUUAGACAGAUUAGAGUCAUUAUUUCGUGAUUCGGACCAUUCCAAGGCAAUAAAAACUAAUAAUAGCAUUCGUUAAAUCUGUUGUAUAGAAAAAGGACAACAUUUCAGAACAAACAUGUUUGUCCAAAAUUGAUUAAAAUGACAAUGAUAAAAAACAACUCUAUCCAUAACCCAAAAAAUAUAAUAUUAGAGUAGGUGUUUAAUUAUUAUUGAUAAAAUUUUGUACAAAGUGCAUAAAUCAUUUUCGUCUAUUCCAUUAACUUAUUUAAACCUUUUUCAGUUAUUGAAUCGAGUCUUCUGUAAAGGUUGGAAAAAUGACGAUAAAUUGUUUAUAAUAUUAUCGAUGUUCUUAGUACCUAGUGAAUGUCUUGUCAUUUUGUAAUAAUCGCCUCAUUCGAGUUGACCUUUGAAAGACUGUUUCUGUAGUAAUGAAUAUUGUAGUAAUGUCAAGUGUAAUUAUCUCUUACAACUUUUAUAAAACGUUUUUUCGUGUUCGAUCUAGAGACAUGCUAAUACAAAAUUUAACAGUCGUUCUUUCGGUUCUCAAAGGAAAUUUAAAUACAUACUUGCUUAAAUCUUAUUAAUUAAAAAUUGUCUCAUUGCAGACAUUUUUAUUUGUGAUAGAUAAUCCUUGCUUGCCUUAUAUGAGAAAAUAAUAAUGUUGCAAUAUGUUUCGGCAUAAUGAGGUUGUUAGAAUGCGAUUAAUAAUAUAAGGAGACCGAAAAAUGUCCCAUGAUAAUUCAUAAAAGUCAGUCAAAAUAUAAGAUAUCUAAAAGAAGUGUAAUUAACUUUCAUAAAAUUAAAAUCUAUGCACUACCACAGGAGAACUUACUUUGUGGAGAUUCACAAAGCUGCUUUGUGUUAUUAUGCAUUUUCAAAGAAUGUCAUUAAUAAUUAAUUAUUGUAAAAAUAUAAGUAAUUGUAAUUGUUUUUCUUGGUUUAAAUGAUAUUGCGCACGCGCAUAGUCCAAAUAAAAGAACAGCUGUAAGUUGACUAGAGUGAGGGGGCCACGGCAUUCGUGCUGUUACUUCGUUUGAUUUCUGUACAUUCUCAAUAACGUUUAUAAUUUUUUGUUUACUUUUAAUACACAUUUAAUAGCAAUGAAGCCACGGUGGCGUGGCGGCCAAACUAUCACAAAAACACAUACAUAUAAUAAUAUAUUGAAGCGAUGUCACUUUACUCUGAGUCGAAAUAACAUUGUAAAAACUGCAUAAGUGUUUAUUAUAUUAUUAUGACCACUUUAAACAUUUAACGGCCAGAUUGAUAAAUCCAAGGACAGGGGAAGUUGCAGGUUCGACUCCCAUCUGAUGCCAGCAUCGAGUGGAUUUUUUUAUACUUUGUAAAAAUUCCUUAAAUGCAAUAGUGUUAAACCACUGUUUGCACCAUCUUAAUUAUAAUCAUCCUUGCAGCAAAUGGACCUCAUGUCUUUAAAUCAAGAAUCGCACAUAUAUUGUCUCUACAUUGACACAGGGUUAUAUAUGUUUGCCUUACUUUUAUACAGAGACAUUCUUCUACUUUCGUAACAGUCACGCCACUGCGGCACUAAUAUUAUAUCUCAAUCAGAAGGUGUCCUAAUCUUUCUCAACGAUUACUAACAUAGAUUAUACUACAUAACUAUACAGUAUAACUACGAAAAUAUUUAUCAGCGUUAUUGAAAUGAACGGAUGAGUCAUAGUGCCUUUUCCUUAGUACUGAAUACUCAAUACGUGCCAAUUUGUUUUAUUAGACUUUAGAGACUCGUCAGCACUAAUUUCAGUCUAACAUUUUUGUCUAACCUUUAUACCAAACACGUGUCCUUUGCUCGUUUUUCUUUAUAAACAAAGCAACUUACUUGAAUUCAAAGUCUAAAACUCAAACACUUAUCCAUUUCUAAAGAACAACUAAAUAUUACGGACAAUGUUGCUUAGAGCUGGUCUCGGCAACAUAAAAAAACAUUGUUUUUAACGUCCUUCGUAAAUAGACAUCCAAAGUAUCAUCAUCAUUUAAUGUGAAUUAACACGCGUAAUGAAAUCUUGCGACAUAUUUUUGUUUAAAGUAAAACGAGCAAAAGGAGAACUUACUCGUUAAUAGUUAUUUAUGAUAUUAGUGCGGUAAGUUGGUUUUUACAAACGCUAAUACCAUAGUCACGAGUUUCUAAAUACCAAUCCGCACGAAUGUCAUACAACGUUAUUCAACACAUUUGCGAGAAAAUAGUCCCUAUGCUCCAUUUAUAUUAUUUGCGAGAAAAUAGUCCCUAUGACUCAUUUAUGUAAUGAAGCAAACUCUUUUCUAAUAAGAAAGUGGCGCCACGUGCGGGUGGUGAAAAUUGGGACUGCAUCACGUAUUAAAGUGAUACAAAGUUAUAGAUUAAAAGCACUUCCAAGGAGGUUUGACCGAAAUAAAUAAAAAAAAAUCCGUAAAGAAUACGCAUGGCGUCAUGUAUGGGAACGUGCGGUCAAAUGUUUUACCGCACGCUACGUUGUAUAUAACAUAAUUUUAAAAUUUCGAAUAAUGUAUACAACCUCCGUAAAUGUACUUUUGAGCAAAUGUGUUGAAAAAAAGACAUUACUUGCUUGCUCUUCGAGUCUUAACCAUCUGUUAUGAUAUCCGUUUUGAAAAGAGGAUUUUCGUAACGAGAAAAACUGUAAUCAUGUUUUAUUAGUGUGUAAUAAUAAUGUAUAUAGUUCUGAAACUGUUUUUUAAAUCACUCUACCGUUAGUAGUCAACUCUUUAGGCAAUUUUGCAAUGUUCGAAUUGUAAAAGUUUGUUUUGAAUCUAGUGUUCAUUGUCUGUGGUAUAUUGUAAGAGUAGGGCAGUUGUGACAUUCCGUUUCCUUGUCUAUGUAAUGUUUAAUUACUAUUAAAAGUCUUACGGAGCCGUCGGCCUCUUUAGAAGUCACUACAAAUGUCAUAUGAUAUUUCCUCAAUUAUUUUCUUCUAUAUAGUGUACAUAAUAUAUAUGCCUGAUUUUUAUACGAUUAAUGCCAUGACACCGUGAUUACAAGCAUGAUGUAAUACGACUCUUAUCGCUCGGUAAUACGGGUUAAAUGUAUCAAUAAUGUAGUCACACUUUAUUGUACCUAUAUUGUUGUUAAACUAAACAGAGCAUGAUUCACCUUUCACAACGCGUAUACAAAAUGAGCUUUACGCUAAUUUAAAAAUUCUUUUGAAAUAAAGUUACAUAGCCACAUUAUAACCCGACCAACACAAUAAAUUGGACUAAUUUUCAAUACAACUUUACUAUGUGAUGCGUCAAAAAGUCAAGGGGGUCUAAAAUAGCGAAAUUGUAUGUUUCAUAUAUGGUUCAAAAUAUGUUUCUUAUCUGAAAAUGACGAGAUAUUUCAUGAAACAUACAAUGAAUAUAAUAGUAAAUGAAAUGUAUAAUUGACAGAUUUGAUGAGAAUUCGUAAAUUCGCUACUUAGAUCAAACAUCAGUAAUAUCAAAUUGAAGAAAUCAUAGAUGGAAAACAUAUUUUCGAUAUUUCAUUAAACUCAAUUGGCCUUACUACCAAACGUAGACUAGAGUUAAACCUGGGCUACAAUUGAUUCUGUCACUUCUGUUUGCUAUAAAGAAGAUAAAGACAACAUUAGGUUUAAACCAAGACUUAACUAUAGUACGCGUUUUGUAGGAAGGGGUCUGUCUGUAUUUUAGAGCCCCAGGGCAAGGUUUUUUAUUUGUCUAAUGAGGCUAAACACCCUUUCGUUAUGUAUAUUUGGGCAUUAUUUCAGUAGUUUUUCUGAAGAGAUCGACGGUCUUAAACCUUUGAAGACACCACACGUUUGUCAUCUAAAUGGUAUCAGCGAUAUCUCUUAAUUCCCAUAAUUAUAUUGAGUGAAUUCAUUCGUCCAUAUCAUAGUCAUUAGCGUAGCUAUAUUACUCGAAAAGAUAUAUUAUUGCCUGUACUUAAAAAGUACUUAUAAACCUAUGUGUAUUGUAACUAUAUACUAUCGGAUGUGUAAAUUAAAUAGUAAACUAUUUUGUCUACAUUAUUUAUUUUUGAUUGAAUUAGAAGGGAAAUUAUUGGUCAUAUAACUUUGAACCUUAUGUGUCUAAUAAUAGAUUGUAUUUUUACAGUAGGUUUGUUACCUUGAAACUAAUUGUAGCAAGUUUUUCGAUGUACUUAAACUAGUAACUUUCCUGUAAUAUAUGUUACAAUAAACACAAAGAAAACAAGUAAACCUAUUGUAGAAAUAAAGAAUGCAAAAGUACCGUAAAUAUUUCUUCAUAACUAAAACAAAGCAAUACAAAAUGAACUUAAGUAAACAAUA